AUGGCUAGCGACAAUCUUGAUGGAGGGGACCCCAAUCUCCCUGACCUGGGGGAUGCCAUCGACACCGUCACCUUCGGCCAGAUCCUGGAGAUGGACGAUGACGAGAGUGAUCGCGAGUUCAGCCAAUCUAUCGUCCAGGGCUUCUUCGAGCAAGCCGAGGAGACCUUCGAGAAGAUGGACAAGGCACUAGAGGAAAAGGACCUUGAGGAGUUGUCCAGGUUGGGCCACUUCCUGAAGGGUUCGUCUGCCACCCUUGGGCUUACCAAGGUCAAGGACAGCUGUGAGAAGAUUCAACGAUACGGCAAGAAGGAAAAUGAGAACGGAUCGCCGUUGACUGAUGAGAAAGUGUGCCUGGAGAAGAUUACCACAACCCUUGAGGCUUGCAAGAAAGAGUACCACGAGGCCGAAACGAUCUUGAACAAGUUCUUCGGCAAUGCCUAG